AUGGGAAGCUGCCAGAGCUGCAGCUCUCUGAAGAUGGAGGAGCUCUGCUUUCCACAACUGCUCAACACCUCCUGCAGAAAGCCCACCUCUCCUUGGGCCAACUUUGUGCUCCUUAACAUUGUGCUGUACUUUAUCUCUCUGCUCACUGUGGCUCUUAACCUCCUUGUCAUCAUCUCAGUCUCCCACUUCAGGCAGCUCCACACACCCACCAACAUCCUCCUCCUUGCUCUGGCUGUCUCAGACUUUCUCGUGGGCCUCCUGGUGAUACCGGGAGAAGUCCUGCUAAAAACAUCCUGCUGGUUUCUUGGUGACCUCUUGUGUUUGCUCUAUAAUUAUGUGUCCUUCAUCAUUACGUCUUCUUCGAUAGGAGACAUGGUGCUCAUAUCAGUCGACCGCUAUGUGGCUAUUUGUGACCCUCUGCAUUACACCACCAGAGUCACUGUGAAAAGAGUUAAACUCUGUGUGUGUCUGUGUUGGCUCUGUGCUGUUUCUUACUGCAGUCUCUUGUUAAAGGAUGACCUGACUCAACCAGGCAGGUAUAAUUCCUGCCAUGGAGAGUGUGUGAUUGUCAUUAACCACACUGCAGGAGUUGUUGACCUUGUUGUAACCUUUAUUGUUCCCAUUUCUGUCAUUGUCGUUCUGUACAUGAGAGUAUUUGUUGUGGCUGUGUCUCAGGCUCGUGCCAUGCGCUCUCACAUCACAGCUGUCACUCUCCAGCUUUCAGUGAAUCAAAAAACAAAGAAAUCUGAGCUGAAAGCAGCCAGGACUCUUGGUGUUCUUGUAAUUGUGUUUCUAAUAUGUUUCUGCCCAUAUUACUGUGUCGCUCUUGCAGGUGAAGCCAUGGUCAGUGCUUCAACUGCAUCCACUGUACUCUAUGUGUUCUAUUUUAACUCAUGUCUUAAUCCAUUGAUCUAUGCCUUGUUUUAUUCCUGGUUUAGAAAAGCAGUUAAACUCAUUGUCAGUCUUCAGAUUCUGCAGCCUGGCUCCUGUGAGACCAACAUACUGUAGAGAGGCUGUGGAGUGACUGAAAUGAGGCCUGCUCCACCAAGGUUUUGAAUUAAAAAUCACAAAAAGUGAAGUGAAAUCUCUCUAUACAGUAUGUAAACAAUAUAUGAGAAAACUGUGCCCCCCCUCGUGGCCCAAUAGCUAAAGUGCCCUCCUGGGAGACAAAAUGUGCGCUAAAGUGCCCUUUUUUUUCUUUUCGCCCCUGCCCUUCAAAAAGUUUGUGCACGCCACUGCACAUAAGUAUGAGAAAUGUGAAAAGU